AAUAUUCUCUAUUAAAUAGUAAUUUAAUUUUAAAAAAUUAAUAAGGUAGGUUUCAUUUAGUCCAGGUGCCUUAUUUAUGUAUGUAUCAUAAAUACGGAGUUACCGCACACGCACUCCUGGCGGGGCGAGUUAGUCGACACGGAUUAUGGCAAUGUCAAACAUCGUGCCAGUCAGCCAGCCAGCCGGAGAUAGCGAUAAUAACGCGAACGGGGCUGGUGGCAGCUAGUGAACAACGUUCUUCGCGUUCUUCCGCGAGAGAGAUGCGACCGCCGCGGAGCGCGGCCGCGCCGUGAAGCAGAGCGUGAAGGAUUCUAGGAGUAAACGUCGAAAAGAAGGACGAGCGAGGCGAAGGUUCGCACCGCGAGACGUGAGAAGCGGAGACGACGCGCCGGGAGAGCUCGACGACGACGACAAGCCGCGCAGACCGCGUCAAGAUGGACUGGGAACUGCUGACGAUGGCGAGUCUGCACCUGACCGCGACCGAGCACCGCUACUACGGCGACAUAUUCAUCUACUGCUGCGAGAACGCGGACAGCGACAGCGUGCCCGUGGUCAAAGUCGCCGAGCUAUUGCGCUCGGCCAACCUGCCGCGGGACGUCACCAUGAAGAUACUGGAUGUCUGUAUAGGAGCCAAGGGCAGCACGCAUCUGGGUAAGAAGCAGUUCUACGCGGUGCUGAAACUUAUCGCAGCUCAUCAGGCUGGUCUGGAAGUCUCCAGGGAUAUGAUAACAGCGUCGCUCGACGUUAUCACUUUACCGAGAUUUACGUGGCCGACCUCCGGCGACGAGGACGGCAGAAGGAGUCCGGACUUGACCAGAGGCGCGAAGGGUAGGCAUCGUCCUCCCGAGAGCACUACCGAAAGCGAGAGCGAAGCGGAGUCCCCGCGCGAGACUGGUGGCAGCACGGAUUCCCCCACGCCGACGAACAGCGUGACCCAAGAGAGAAACGACGGUAUGCUGGGCGGUGAAGCGAUCCUGGAUUCCGUAUCUGGGGGCUGGCAAGGCCUGCUGGUCUCCGAGGAACAGAGGCAGCUGUUGGGCACCGAGGAGGAGAGUUCGGAGCGUCACAGCAGCGACGAGGGCGACGGGGAGGGCGACGGUUCGGGUUUCCCACCAGAGGAGGUGUGGAUUAUCAGUGACGAGCAGCGCGACUAUUAUGCCGCGCAAUUUGCACAGCUGCAGCCCGACCCGGAGGGCCUUCUGGCGGGGCCAGUAGCCAGAACGUUUUUCGAGAAGUCGCGGCUGCCCGUUUCCGAGUUACGCCGCAUUUGGCAGCUCGCGGACGUCACGAGGGACGGGGCGCUUAGCUUGCAAGAGUUUUACGUGGCUAUGCACCUUGUCGUACUGAGGAGGAACCACGUGCCGCUCCCCGACGUUUUACCUCCGUCCUUGUCGAUUCCGUUAGUCAUGCAAACAGCAUCAGCCACAACUGCCGCGCCGCAAGUCCCACAAUCGGCUCCCACAAACGCUCAAAAACCAUCGCCAACGAACUCCACGAACUCCCGCGAGAAAAACAGGGAGUGGACGAAGUUCGUGGACUCGCCGACCGGAGCGAGCAGCUCCUCGGUCACCAGCCCAGGACUACAACUAGUGAAUUUCGAUUUUCAAAAGUCGGCCGUCGAACGCGACCCAAAGAUUCUACAUCCGGUGCCGUUGCGCUUGACGCCCGAAGCGGCGAUUCUCGCCUCAGGCGCCAAUGGCAGCAGUAGCAACUGCACGACCCUGGGCGAUGACGAUCUACAGCAUUCCGCGGCAUCGUUAGUGCAACGUCCUCUCGCAAAGAAACCUCCCGCGGCUCCCGAAGACACCGUUAUCGUGACUCCUAAGAAGGAACCACCGCCUCCUCCGCCACCCAGACCGUACAGAACACACGCGCGCAGUUCUAGUCUCGAUCUUAAUAAAUUAGGAAAAAAUGGCCAAAGUUUUCUUGGGGCACCGCCACUUGUACCACCUAGAAUUUCGCCAGGAAUUACUUCGCCCCGCAAAUUGGUCGGCCAAAGGAGCGAGGGUGAAGGACAAAGGACGUUAAGCGAAAGUCAAGCGUUCGUCGCUGACUUCUCUCAUUUUUCUCCUAAGAAUGAACUGCCUGAGAACACGGUACCGUCUAUAGAAAAUACGGUAUCGCAAUCUCAACAGUUUACUGGUGUCUGUGGAGCAUUUCAUAUUUAUAGGAAACCGAGUCCAAAACGAGACGGCGAAGAAGAGAAUAAGAACGAAGCGGAAGAUGAAAAGAAAUUAACCUUACAAGAAUUAAGGGAAAAGAAUGCGGAACUACGCUUAGUCUGUGAAGAACUGACACGUGAACUGGCUAGCGCGCUCCAAGAACGUAUAAAUUUGCGCGCAAAACUCUUGCUCUUGACUUGAUGUGAUUACACUAUUCCCUAUCAUUCAUUCGUUCGAAGUUACGAGGUAUUAUGUAGCCUCCAAUCAUUGUAAACAUAUGUAUUUAAUACGUUAUGCUAGUCUAGAAUUCCUCUUUUUUCCAACGAAGUAUUCAUUCAUCAUUCAUAAUGAUCAGUGUAGACAGACAGAUGCGGCAGGGGACGCAAUUUACAAAAAAAAUUACAUAACUAUUUUAUACCUGAAAUUGAAAGAAGAGUGUGUAUAACAAAUUAUGGAUCUUGUAUAUACAAAACUAAUUAUGAUCUCUAUAUUGAUAUAUAACAAGCGUUUGCUUUUGUCAAGUUUAUGAGCUACUGUUCACGUUUACACGUAAAAGUGUGUUAGAAAUUUUAUUCAGGUUUAAGACCUGCGUUAUUGAAUUCCCCUGUGAUUUACCAACUUGUAUGUUGUGUUUUGCAUAAAAACUUCCUUUAUCGCUGAGAAUUUAUAUAUAUUUAUAUAAGCACUUCCAUACAAGUGCAUCUGUCACAUUGUUAUUCUAUUUCAGUACAGAUAUUUGAAACUUCUGAUUGUGAUUUCUAUAAUAUUUCUACAUUUGUUAAUUUUAUGAGAAUUAUAUAAGAUAUUUCAUAUCUCUCUGUCUAUUGAUGAAUUUCUUCUAAAGAGUUUCGUUUACCGUCAACAAAUCAUAAUAUUUUUUUAAUUAAUUAUAUUGCAAAUAUAAGUAUUUAUUAUUUGCAACAAAAUCGAAUUAUAUUUUCGUAUGACUAUAUAAAACAAAAACUCACAAAAAAAUGGCAUAAACAAAAUAAUCAGGAUGUGUUAUAAAGAUACUUUUAUUCCGAGAUAAAAACAAGUGUACCUAUGAAAUACUUGUUAAAGAAAGAUAUACCUGUGUUGAAGAAAGAUACGAGAAAAGUGGAAUCUGCAGGAACAGAAUACUUCGAAAAUAAAUUUAUGUAGAUGUGUAUAAUGCUCAGAAUCAACGUUGAAUACAUCGAUUUUGAUGUAUCAAUUCUUUCAAAUGAUAUCGAUUUAUAUAUCGAUUCCUAUUGUAGAUUUAAAAAAAUAAGUAUUGUGGAGUUGGAGCGAAUCACUUGAGACCUGAGAAGACUAGAUCUAUCACAUUUGCAACAAAAAGUUAUCAAUCGAUAUUCUUUCCAGUUAGUUAUGCAGAUUUCUAAUAGCGAUCACUUAUCAGAUAUAUGAUUGCUCCUAGACAAAAUUGUUAUUAUUUAAAUAACAAAAUUUUCGAAUUCUCUAUAAAUCUCAUUAAUCUUUAUGACUCAACUAACAAAUCUUAGCGCUUUAUUUAUAAAUCAUCAUUUCUAUCCAAUCAAAUAUACUUUGAUUUGAGAUUAAGAUCUUUGUCACAUUUUCAAAUUUCUACUUUGUUUGCUUAUAAUAUAGCGGAUAAAUAAAUUUGCCAAGCGACCGUUGUUACUGUGCCAUAUAAUGCGAAAUUUUGAAGUAUAUAUAUAUAUAUAAUCAUCAGUAAUCGACAGUCACGUUGUUAAAUAUUACGAGACUUAUAGAGGUAAAUGCUUGGAAGAUCAACGAGUCACGCAAAAAAGUUUUUUUGUAAUUACAAAUACUAUAUAAAAAUUAUAAAAUUAAUACUUCUAUCAAAA